AGAGGAACAGUCGCGACAACAUCACGUGCAUGAUUGUGCAGCUUGUCGAUGGGUCCGACUGGGCGUCGAUGGCCGACGAGAUGAAGGGGUACGAGAGGCUGCUCCCGAAGGGGGAGGAGAAGCCCGACGAGGACGCGAGGUCACAGUACCACAAGUUCCUGAAGGGGUGCGACUUCUCGUCGGAGGUGCAGGCCUGUUCGCUGUGCGGGAAGUGGACGACCGGCAUGAGCCAGUGCCCCUGCAAGCAGGCGAUCUACUGCAGCAGGCAGUGCCAGAAGAAGGACUGGAAGAAGGCACACAAGACCUUUUGCACGGUCAUCAAGAAGUGAGGCGCCGCGGGAGCGAUUCGAAGUCGGGAAAGGUAGGCCA